ACACAUUUUUAUGGCAAACCAGGUGGCGCUAGUGUCGCUACGUUUUUGCAGUGCCGUAUAACCGUCAACGCCAGCCUGUCGAUAAAAAAGGUUCGCCGACAUUUCACAUCAUCCCGGGGCAAAGCCUUUUUUUCCUGAGCCGCAGAGCAAAAGCGUUUCCAAUUUUCCCGUUUCCCGUCGGUUUUGGUCCUGGUGCAGUGCACGCGCGCGCGCGUCCGUGUUUGUGAUUGUGUGUGUGUGUAUGUGCAUUUCGUACGUAAACGGUGUUAUCGGUGCAUUACGGUAGAAAAGAAGGUGUUCGGGGAGACAAAAGAAAAGACAACGCGUCUCGCUUUUCGGUCGGUGGUAGCUCUAGCCAAAAACCGCAGGAAGCCGCACCGUGUGCCGAAACCGUGGUUGUGCGUGUUGUGACCUCGGACGGAGAAUCAACGCGAAAGCACAGGCGAGCCGAGGAAUAACGCAGCAGCAGCAACGCGGCCUCUCAGACCGCCACACGACAAUUCCGGCACACGCAGCCACGCAACCGCACACUGUUUGCCCGCAAGGGUUUUCCGGAGGGUUGGAACCAACCAACCAAUAUUUGUGGGGAGAAAAACGGAUCCCCGAGUGGUAGCUGAAAGGCAGAAAAAAUCCACAUUCAUACGCAAUUUAUAAAAACUUACCAGCAGUCCCCCCCCCCCCCCCCCAUUGUAAGGACGAUCCACGCAAUAAGCCGUGUGUGAGCGAGCGAGCGAGCGAGAAGGCGAUACACUGCUGCUGCUUGAAGCAAGCGGGAAAGAAAAAGACAAGGAGAACGAGCACCGUCCGGUGAUAGAACGAGUGCGAACGACCAGGAGGCAGAAGCAGAAGAAAAAAUCGAACAUUUACUGCGUGCGUACGAGCGCGUCGCCGUGUGUAGUGUGUGGCCUUUUGCAAACCUGGUUCAAAUAUGGCGAAGCCUGCCCAGUUAUUAAAUAUUGAUCCGGCGAACGAGCUCAAAUUUAUGGGCCCGUUCCGGACUGCCGUUGCGUCGUAUAUGCGGCUCACCAACCCAACCGACCAUGAUAUAUUCUUCAAAAUCAAAACAACCGCCCCGAAGAAGUACUGUGUGCGACCGAACUGUGGCUUAUUGGAACCCCGCGAAUCACAGGAGAUAGCCAUCGUCCUACAACCGUUCAUAUUUGAUUCCAACGAGAAGAACAAGCACAAGUUUAUGGUGCAAUCGAUGGUGAAGCCGGACGAUGAGGAAAUCAACCUGGAGGACCUCUGGAAGAAGUACCCGGAGAAGCUGAUGGACUCGAAGCUAAGAUGCGUGUUCGAGUGCCCGCUGGACAGCAACCAGCCGGCCCCGGCAGCCGAAUUAUCUACCGGCGCAGCAACAGCGGCAGCAACAACGGCAGCAGCAUCAGCAGCAGCAGCACCGGCAGCAGCAACCAGCACUGCGAUAAGCAGCGAUAGUGGCGCACAGUUCGCAAGCACACAGUUUAGCGCGAUGAGCAACGAGGACGAGCAGAAGUCCGAGGCGGCACUGUUGAAGGAGAUGAAGAAACUGCGGGACAACGAAACCGUUUUGCGGCAGGAAAAUUUGCACCUACGGGAAAAAAUAUUACAACUACACAUGCAGGUGGACGGACGGGCUAAGGAGGAAUCGUCGGUGGCCGCCGCCACCAAAUCACCCCCGAUCCAGUCGGUGCCCGCUAACUAUCAAAAUCCGUACUCGCCACCGAACCAGCUGGCACGCAAUCAAUCCUCGAUGGAGCUCAUCUACAGCGUGGUUGCUGCGGUCGUGGCGGGCCUGAUCGGCAUACUGCUCGGCAAGAUGUUUUACUGCGACGGCAACAAAUAAAGUUUAAUUUAGCGACGUACGGGGCGGGUAACAGCGGUUCUCGGGUAAGGCGCGCGGUAUGUCAUGAGACCGCCGCAGCAGAACGGAACGGUGGUGGGGUUGGCGGUGGUGGUGUUGGGAUGAGGGACAGCUAGGCAACAGCCCCACGAGCAACACGGAGGUAGUGCGUUAGGCAGGCAAAAACACGGCCCGGCAAAAACGGUAGCCACAUUUCGAUGCAUUGAAACACACACAAACACAAACACAUACACACAUUACAUCAAAACAAUUAGAGAGAGAGAGAAAGAGAGAGAGAGCGAGAGGGAAAACAGAAAAAUAAUGCAACUAAAAUGCAAACAGCAAAUGAUUAUGUACAGACAGGCAGAGGUAAACUAAACAAAAAACCAAGCGAAAAAGCAAACACAAAGAUAAUACAGUAAACGCAAAAUGUUGUAUAACCCGGACGACAAGCAUAAAGACACCCGGGACCGGACAGGGCCGGACUUAUUGGGAAAGGAUCGGUGUGUGUUUGUGUGUGUGUGCGUGUGUGUACUCCCGCUUCGCUGUUGAUUCAUUGUUUGGUUUGUUUUCUAUUAUGUUUUUUCUUGUUUCAUGGAAAAAAAAAAACCGUAGCGUUACUAAAAAGCAACCCCUUUUGCGCCAAUAUGAAUAUCCUUAACGGCAAAAAAAACAGGUGCAUCGGACCGAGUGCGAGAGCCGUCCGAUGUCCCUUUGAACACACUAACAAAUCAUGUUAAUCGGAUGUAGUGUAGAAUCAAGUGCGAAAAGAGGGGGGGGGGAGGAAUAAAUAAAACAAAAAAAUACUACCACACACACACGCGCGCACAGCCACAUCGAACAUGGGAAAUACGGGAAACACCUGGAUUCGCAGCAGGUGUGUGUGUGUGUGAGAGAGAAAACAGAUUAAAACUGCCGCGAAAGCAAAACGAUAACUGUGUAAAUGUGCGUAUGUGUGUGGGGGGAGACGGGAACCGUCACUCAAGCCCCCCACACACACACACACACUCCUUCCUGGGGAGGGGGCAAAAAGUAUAGAUUAUAACGCAAAAAAACACACACACACUCAUGCAUAGAAAGGCAAGCAACAAGGGUAAAGUAAAGAAGUAACGAAACAAACAAAUGAACCUUUAAAAGAAAAGCAGAGAACGGUAAAAAGCAAUGUGAGAAGUGAGAAGAAGAAGAGCAGCAAAAGCAAAACAGAAAGAACCUAUAAGAGAAACAAGAGAAAGAAAAGCAAACAAACAUGCACCUAUAGCAGAGAUGAACGUAAAACAAACAAAACAAAAAUUCAACACACAAAACAUAAACACACACACACACAUACAAACAUAGUGUCACACACACACUCAUAUAUUUCGUCUUUGGGAAGGAAUUAUGGAAUUUGGUAGCAAACGAAAAAAAAAAAACAAACAACCAUGGUACACCCAGCUUAAAUGCAGCUUAUAUAAUAUUAAAAAAAAAAACAAAAUGCCUAACAUUAACGAAGUGUAGAAACAAAAGAAAAACAAAACAAAAAACACAUGGGAGGAUAAGCGAGGAGUCCAAAAAAAAAAAACUAAACUUCAACAACUCCCGCAUAAAGAACGCAAACGGCCGACCGACAAAACAAGGAUCAGAUUGAAGAAACACACACACACACACAUUCACUCUAUGGACUAUCACAACCACAAAGAGGGAAAAGCAACAUUAUUGCCUGGCAAAUAAAAAAGGAAGAAAACAAAACACACACACACACACACACAUAAGGGGAAAAGGUGUGAUUCGAUUAGGGAGGUGAUGUUAGAAUUGGAGGAAAGCGAAAACCACCAGGCGCACGCAUUACUAAAGGGAAAAUGGUAGCAAGGUACAUGGGGUGGGGUGGGUGUGUGUAUGUGUGUGCUUUUCACGGUGACACAGAACACUGGAUGACGGCGAUGAUUGAUUGAUUGAUUGAUGAUGAUGAUAUAAACGCAAAUAAACGUAGGUGUUGAAGCAUCCUAGAAAUGCAAAAAAAAAAAACAAAA